AUGACAGUAAAAUCAAAUAAUUCAAUAAAAUCGGAUGGUUUAAGCUAUUGGAGUACCAAGAAAACUACGAAUAAUAAUGAUAUGAUAGAUAUCGAUGAUGAAGAGAGAUCUAUUGCUCAUAGCGUAAGUUUAUUAUUAAAAAACAGAAACAUUACACAACGAAAUUUAGUACAACUACCGUCACAUCUUGUCACAUCACCAAAUUGUCAAUGCCAUCGAUCAUUUCAUAUAUUUUGUACAGAUUUAUUUCCAGAAAAUGACCUAACUCACGACAUGAUUAAUAUUCAUCCAGCACCACGAACACAUGAUAGAGAUUUAUCACAUCGAGUAUCAACGCCAUAUAAAAAAAAUCGUCAUCGACAACAAGAUCACAAUCAGGAUUCUAUUUUCACAAGUAGAUCAGAGCCAAUUCAUGUGCCGAUUCUUGUGUCAGACAGUCAAACAUAUGAUAAAAAGUUCCGCGCUCCACCAAAACUGCCACCACGAACAGCAUCAUUAAAUGUUUCAAGUCCUUAUCGUUCUUUUCAAAAUUCACUGAAAUAUUCCCCAUCGAUUCGUGCACCAAAGUCAUCAACAUCAAUUGAAGACUUACAAAUUCGUGCUUCAUCUGUUUUUGAUCAAUCACCUUUCACAUCACAAUAUUUUAUGCCACGCGGUCCACCCCCAUCACCUAAAACGCCUACGCAGGAUCCAGCAACAAUGUUAUUGAAUUUAAUACCUCCAGCACCACUUCGAGCUAAAUCUUUAAUACCGUGUAUUAGACCUCCGAAUGAAAAUACAAAAAAACCAACACAUACUCCUUCUCUGAAAACAAUCACUUAUCAAGAUCAUGCAAGAGACUAUCUUUCAGCGUCGGAUUGCUCUGAUGUUGAUAGCGACAAAAAGGACGACGAUGACGAUGAUGAUGGUAAUGAUGACAAUGAUAAAAAAUCCAGUAAAACGACGGCACAAACAAAACCAAAAACACCUGUACGUACUCAAUCGUUGUCAAGAACAGGAGUGGUAGCACGCGAUCGAUGGAUUUCACAUAAUGCAACGCGUUAUUUAAGUUUAGCCGAAGUAUAUUAUUCAUCGUUAGAUGUUCAUAAAAGUAUUUCAGAAAGAUCUCAUCGACGCUUAAGAGCACCCACACGUACAAUGAUGUCUAUCAAUGAUAAUGAUGAUACAGUCACAACCAUAUCAAAAACGACAACAUCAAAGACUGCACCACUACCGUCAACAAAAUCAGGUUUUGGAUUUUCUAAAACAGCAAGUUCAAUGCAUUUUGGAUAUGCUGCUGAUCGACUUGGUGUACGUGAAAGUUUUGAAAAAUGGCCUCAAUCUCUUUCACAUCGAACACCAAUUGCAAGAAAACAAGAAAUUACAGCACUUCGUCUAGUGACAUUGCCUUUAGUUACAUCUUGA